AUGUCGUCAGCAGAUAGGACUACCACUGAUCUCAAUGAUCGCACAACUACAAUUGCCAGUAGAGAAACUCAAACCACCACGGCUGAGCGAGAGACACCAACUGCUACAAAAGAGCCAGAUGCUACCUCCACCUCAAGUACAAAGGAAGCACCAAGUACCACAGUUACAUCGAACAGGGAAGAUUCUACCACUGUUGGUGCAACCAUAACGGAAGAAUCUUUGACAAGUACGGCCGAUGCUGAAACAUCUACUAGGCAAGAAACCUCCUCUGCCACAUCUACUGCUACUACUACUGUAACGUCGACAGAUGAAGUGACAAGCUCAUCAGAAAACCAGCCUUCAUCCACAAGGACCUCAGUUGAAUCAGCCUCUUCCACCACAGGGCAACAACAAACAACAGUUCCGACGUCCGAUACCAUUACUGCUACUCCUACUGCUACCAGCAGCAGCAGCAGCUCCAGCAGUGAAAGGAGCACUAUGGAUGAAACAUCAACAGUAACCACAUCCUUAGAUCAAACGACCGAACUUCAGCCCUCUUCUUCUUCUUCUUCUUCUUCUUCUUCUUCUUCUUCUUCUUCUACUUUUUCAACUUCUUUAUCAGACACCAUGUCAUCCAGUAGAGCAAAUCCAACUACAACGGUUGCUGAAACAACAGUGCAAGAAACUGCAACAUCUUCGGAAGCGAGUGUAAGUACAACUGCCUCUCCUCCUCCCAUUACAACAACUACAUCAUCUGUUGCCAUAACAACAACGGAUUCUGUAAGUGUAGAGACCCCUACCCCUUCUUCUUCUUCUUCUUCUUCUUCUUCUUCUCCUUCCACUACUACUGCUGUUGAGACAACAAGUAUCACUAGUAGUAGUAGCAGUGUUAUUGUUGAAACUUCAACAACGGAUCUACCUUCAUCUACACUCCCUCCUCCUACAUCUACCAUUGCAUCGUCUGAACCCAUCAUCUCAUCUUCUACUACUUCACAGCAGAUAACCACAUCCAGUGACCCCGUUCUCCCUACAACCACGUCCUCCAAUGCCAUUACAUCUUCCUCAUCUUCGUCAGAGGUUGUUGUACCAACAUCCUCUGCUUCAUCAUCAUCAUCAGAAAUAAUGCCUACAUCUUCUACACCUGUGCCUACCACCACGUCAUCUAUUCCUGAUCCAACGACACCCGUUCCUUCUACGACGACAGAGGCCAGUACAACACUUGAGCCCUCAACAACAACCCCUAUACCUACUACAACGAGCGAAACACCGACUCAGGAACCAACAACAACCACACCAAGCCCAACAUCUACAUUACCUCCACCACCACCGCCGCCAACGACGUCCAUCACACCUACUUCCAGCGGAAGAUACACGCUGUCCAGUACAACUGUGUCAACAACCAUUGUAACCACAACAGCCAUUGUAUCAAAUGGCAUUACAACAACUAUUGUCACCGUCAUUCCAACUACUACUGUGAUACCUACAUUGGCAUUAGACAAUAGUGGCGGCGAGGAUGGAGGAAAUCACAAUGGAACAUCGACUACAGGUGCCAUCAUAGGCGGCGUCGUAGGAGGAGCAGCUGGUAUUGCACUCAUUGUAGCCGGUAUCGUCCUGUUAAAAAGACGUAAUCGCAAGCAGGCAUUUUCAAGAGAACAGCAGCAAAGUCAAAUGUACGACGAUGAAUUUUAUGGCGAUCCGUACCGUCAAAACGAGUGGAGCAAUGGUGAAUUCAACAUGUCGGGAGGCGGUUUUCCUGGCACAGGCGAGCAAGCACAACGCAUGAAUCCACACAAUACAUCUACCACAUUAGACGACGAUGAUGAAGACUUUUAUCGAUCCAAGCAAAACAGGAGAUCAUGGUGGUCUUCUGUGUCCAGCGUAUUUAGAAAAUAA